GGAGGGCAGGAGUUAGUUUGGCUAAAGCCUGCAGGACUUUAUAAUGGCUUUAGUAUUUAGAACUGUGGCACAAUUAGCUGGAAUUUCAUUAUCUUUGCUGGGAUGGGUUUUAUCCUGUCUUACAAACUACCUGCCACAUUGGAAGAACCUCAACCUGGAAUUAAAUGAAAUGGAAAACUGGACCAUGGGACUCUGGCAAACCUGUGUCAUCCAAGAGGAAGUGGGGACACAAUGCAAGGACUUUGAUUCUUUCCUGGCUUUGCCUGCUGAACUCAGGAUCUCCAGGAUUUUAAUGUUCUUGUCAAAUGGGCUGGGAUUUCUGGGCCUGCUGCUCUCUGGAUUUGGCCUGGACUGCCUGAAGAUUGGAGAGAGACAGCAGGAUCUCAAGAAGCGACUGUUAAUCCUGGGAGGAGUUCUGUUCUGGAUGUCGGGAAUCACAGCCCUGGUUCCUGUCUCUUGGGUCGCCUACACGACAGUUCAGGAGUUCUGGGAUGAGGCCGUGCCAGAGAUUGUCCCCAGGUGGGAGUUUGGGGAAGCCCUCUUUGUGGGCUGGUUUGCUGGACUUUUUCUUGUGCUAGGAGGGUGUCUGCUCCACUGUGCAGCCUGCUCCAGCCGAGCUCCUCUAGCUUCGGGCCACUAUGCCGUGGCAGAGACGCAAGAGCACUGUCAAAAACUGGAGAUGAAAAGCACCAACCUGAAAAUCUAAGCCAGAGGGACCAGUGGUAUCUACUCUUCAGGAGAUGCUUGCUGCACACUGGAUUUGGUAGGAUUUCCUGCUCCAGUCAUCCAUUUACUAUGCUUUUGAUUUUCUGAAAUGCAUUUUGUCCUGCCUGUGGUUAUUAGUUUCUUAAACUGUAAUUCCUAAGACUGGUAAACCACUUUUUGAGACCAAAACCAAUCAAGACUUAAUAGUAAUUACACUCAUUACUGUGGAUGAGUUUCCCCAAUUUUAAAAUAGCUCAGUGAUUGCACAGAACUGAUAAAUGGAACAUUAGUCCUGUAUCUUUGAAGGUAUCAUUCAUAUGGAGAGGAGUCAUUUUGGAAAUCAUUUACUUCUUUCAGGUGUUUAAGAUAAUCUGUUAUAAUAAAACUAAGAUCUUUUUGCAUAUUUAUUUAAAAUGCAAAUUAUCUAAAAAGAUUGCUGGCUCCUUAACAGCUUUAGAGGAGAGUGACAUGGGGCACAUCAUCUCCUCCUGAAUCACUCAGCGCUCAGUGCCUCGGUGGAGCCUUUUCUGCAAGUCAGCCUUGUGCACUCACGCCUUCUUCCCCAUGUGAGAACAGAGGAGGGCAAUCUCGUGCUCCGGAUGAUUCAUGUAGAAUCUGCCACACAAAUGUGCUUCUGCUUCUGUGUCCUGCGCUCUGGAUCUGAUGGCAAACAUGCCCACCUGCCCCAGCUUGGAGCAGCCCAGGGGCCCAGCAGAGUGGGGAGGGGGCCUCCUGGGACCACAGCCCUGCCUUGAGGACACUGCCGGCUUGGGCAGUGCCAGGACAGAGCGCAUGGUCGGGAGUCCUUCAUUUUGCUUGCACAAUGAAAAUAUUUCAUCCUUUUUCUUUAAUCAGCAGUACACACAGUCCAAACAAGUACUAAUCACAACAAACUGCCAGCUUGGGGAUUUCUUCAUGAAGGACUUUAUAUCUGCCUGGUACGUGGUUCAAGUAAACUCUUGUGUUUGUGCCAAUCAG